CCCUGAUUCCACCAUUCACGAUCAUGAUCGCGGCUUGAUAUCGCGGUUGUUCUAGAGCAAGGCGUUCCGCAGCGUUUAUCGGGCGAGUGCAUCAGUUUGCGUUGGGAGGAGAGGCUUCGUCAGUUACCUUUGUUCAGCUUGAAAAAGCUAUUCGAAGUGAGGAAGGUGUGGUGGACAUCUUGGAUUUGGUCGAAGGCCAAGAAGCCGAUAACAAAACGGAGCCUGAAAUAAUUUGACAAUCUGUCACCUGUCAAGUGAACAUUUGCAAUGGCAUUCACAUUUGCAGCCUUUUCAUACAUAUUAGCACUCAUAUUUGAUGCGGUGCUGAUCUUCUUCGCUAUCUUCCACAUAAUUGCCUUUGAUGAGUUGAAGACUGACUACAAGAACCCCAUAGACCAAUGCAAUAGUCUCAAUCCACUGGUGCUGCCAGAGUAUCUCAUACACAUUGUCUUCAACUUCAUAUUUCUUCUGGCUGGAGAGUGGUUCACAGUUCUCCUGAAUGUUCCACUGAUUGCCUACAACAUCAACAGGUACCGCACGCGACCCGUGAUGAGUUCGGCCGGUCUGUACGACCCCACGAACAUCAUGAACGCCGACACGCUCAACAAGUGCCAGCGCGAGGGCUGGAUCAAGCUGGCCUUCUACCUGAUUUCCUUCUUCUACUACCUGUAUGGGAUGAUCUACUCGCUGAUCUCGGCCUGAGCACGGCCGGCCGGCCGCAGCGACAAUCCCAGAGGGUCGGCGGCGCGGCGCGGCCCUCCUCCGUCCGGCGGCGCUGCGCGGCGCGGCACCGCCCGCCGCGUGUGCGCGCGCGCACUGACCGCCCUUGGCGAAGUAUGCCCAGUGUGGGCAGUACUCAACGUGCAUCUGAUCAGCUAGGUGAUAUAUUUUAUUUGUGCUCGAUUUGAGUGAUUUGGACGCGCGGCGCUGCGAUACAUGAGAUUUGGCGGGGCGUGCUGACCGUGGCGCACCGGCCAACACGCCGACGCUAGUCACGCGCUCACGCACAAGCCGGCGUGAGCGGCUCAAUAAAGGGCGAGGACGUUCGCGAGGCCAUCCAA